AUGGAUUUAGUGGAGUGGAACAGUCCUAUUCUCAUUGUUAUUACUGAAACCAGGAUGAAUGGAGCAAGCGCUUUGGAGAUGAUUGAGACAUUACCUUUUGAUGGGGCGAAAGUGACAGAUACAAUUGGUUUUGCUGGGGGUAUCUGGUUGCUCUGGAGGACUGAUUCGGUGCAAGUGGAUGUGCUGGCAACAACGGAGCAAGAGAUUCAUGCCAUCAUCAGGGUAAGAUCUCAAACUCUAAGCUGGAUUAUUAGUGCCAUUUAUGCUAGUCCUAGGUUUGCUGAGAGAUGCAUGCUUUGGGAAAACCUUAAAUUGAUAUCUAAUUUACACGAUCUUCCUUGGGCUCUUAUGGGAGAUUUUAAUGAGGUUAUCUCUGAAGGGGGAAAAUUUGGGGGCAAUCCUACCUGUCAAAGAAGAGUGAGAGCCAUUCUUGACUGUAUUAAUGAGUACCAAAUGAUGGACUUGGGCUUUUCAGGGCCUAAAUUUACCUGGACUAAUAAGAGAGAAUUAGGGGGCCUUAUCCAAUGCAGGCUUGAUAGGUGUUGGGCCAACCCUAGUUGGAAAGCCUAUUUUCUUAAGGCUAGUGUGACUCACUUGGCUAGAGUGAACUCGGACCACUGCCUUCUCCUGUUAAAUUUAUAUCCUAAUCUUGUGGCAAAUUCUAACAAACCUUUUAGGUUCCAACCCAUGUGGCUUAGUCACAAGGAUUUCCCUGCCAUUGUUAGGGAUUCAUGGGAAGGGAGAGAAGAAGAUUUACCUGGUGCUGUUACUAGAUUCACUCAGAAGGCCCAAACUUGGAAUAAAGAAGUUUUUGGGAAUAUUUUUGUGAGGAAAAGGCAGAUUAUGGCUAGGCUGCUUGGUACUCAGAAAGCCCUUGCCAAUAACCCUAAUAACUUUCUUAUUAAUCUACAAGAUCAGCUUUUUGAAGAGUAUAAUGUGAUUCUCCAGAUUGAGGAGGAACUCUAG